AUGGCGGACAUAGCACUCGACUAUGGCUCUGCGGACGCCAACCAGCCCACACUUGCAACACCGAUGCAGGAUGAUUCCAUGGACGACGAUCCCCAAUCAUCGAAUGAGCAACCGCAGCAGCAAGCAUCGCGCUUCUACGCAUUGCCUACGGAUCAAGCCGUUGAAGCAGGAGCGCAGCGUGGACCGGCACCUCUCUCCAGCGCAGAAGCUGGUCUGGACGAUGCCGCACUGGUCGGCGUAGAGCAGCCCGGCGAAGCACCCGAUCCGCCCGCGGUCGAAGGAGGCAGCGACAUCCGGCUCGAGACGUUGCUCAUCGAAGGCUUACCCAUCACCCAACUCUCUACGUCUCGUCUCUUCGCAUAUCUCACCCACUUUGGCGCACAGCCACUCGGACUCGAAUGGAUCGAUGAUCAGCGGUGUAAAGUCGUGUUCGCCGACGAGCGGUCUGCACGUCUCGGUCUCGAGUAUCUUCUACCAGCGCCAGCCACCGCGGCUGCUGACGAUGAGAUGCAGCCCGUCGACAAUGCCACCCCACUCCCCAACAUCGAUACCCUGCUCGAAUACGAGCCUGACUCGUGGCAUUCGGAGUACAUCACCUCGCUCGUCACCCCUCGCAAGGCGCAUCGCAUUCCGGCGAAACUGUACACCCACGUCGAGCGCCAAGCCGCUUGCACGGAGCUCGAAGAGCAGCAGCGCAUGCAGGACGCUGUCUCCUCGUUGCCCGACGACGUGCCCGAAAUUUACCGCGAAAUGGAAGAAGCAGAUCGCCGAGGCAAGCUCGACUCGCGCGAAGUGCGCGAUCUGCACAAAUUGCGCUCCACCCUGUGGAUCCGUCACGCAGUCACCGAUUGGGACCGCAAAGAGUCGCGCGCGAGUACACGCAGUCAAUGGUACAAGCAACACGGCUACGAGGCGGGGCGCGAGAUCGUCCCUAAGCUGUUGCAGGUGGGAGAGGUGCGAGAGAGUAUCGAGCUGUUUCCGGAUUACAAGCCGUCGGCGGAUUCGUCUUCGCAUCGAGAGUCGCGCAAACGUGGAGACGAGAAAAGGAGGAUGGAGGAGCUCGAUUCCGAGCUCGAUCGCUACUUGGCUUCGAAGCGGGACGAUGACGAGCCGGAGCGCAAGGCGGGCGAGAUGAUGGCUGACGCUGUGCAGGCGCGUCACCGACACAGCACAAGGCAGCGCGACGACGACCGAGAUCUCAUGGAUCGUCUCUCAUCACGUCGCAAUGGCGACAGACGCCAGCAGCACAGCCGUCGAACAGAAGCACAGCGCGGUGGACGAUGGACUCACGACGCCUACGAUUCACUCUCGGAUGCAUCCCGCGCGGGGCGACGAUCGCACCGCGCAGACCGAGAUGCACUCGAGGUCCGAUACCGCAGGGAGCUCUCGCCCUCGCGUGCAGCGUCGGGGGAGGCAGGAAGAGUCAAGGUCAAAGGUCGUGGCAGGAUGAAGGCUCCCGGUGGCAGUGCCGGCCUUGAUCGGUGGGCCGAGGAGGACAAGUCGAGUUUGGCCGGUCGCAUCGGUACCAAUAAUCUGCGUGACCGGCUGGGCGGUUCCAACAGUCUUGCUGAUCGCUUCUCGUAA